AUGACGGCCCCAACUACCAACUGCGCUCUUAUUGAACUCCGGUGGUCCUUCAUAAUCUGCAUCUGUAUUUAUAUUGAGAACUUCCUGCCGAUAUUCACAGUCAAAGCCUUGAAACGUGAACAAAGAAAGAGUAGUCGAGGAAUCGGCAGAAUUUUGAAGGAGCAAAAGGCGAGGUUGUACAUCAUUCGACGAUGUGUUGUCAUGCUUCUCUCCCACCAUGACUGA